AGAUCGAAAAAAAUGCUGAUGCUCAUCAGCGUAGUCGGCGGGUUCGGGGCGCUCGCCGCCGCUCCACGAGCCGCGCGUCGUCGGCGUCGCUUUUAGUUUCUCGCAGCGAUCUGUGAAAAGCGGCGUCCGAACGCACACGCUCGUUUUCAAUACGAACACAGCGACGAUUAUAAAAUCAACGAACUCGCCCCGGCAGUAGAGGAAAGCAGCCUAAAAUCAAAGAAAACAAAAUGGCAGGACAACAACGACUCGUCAAUAAGCAGUUCAACAGCCCCAUUGGCCUCUACUCGGAAUCGAACGUCAGAGAGAUCUUGGACAGGGAAAGCCAAAUGCUUGCGAAUGGUGCUGUCGGAAUCGACUUUCAUAAUCCCAUCUCAAGCAAGCCUGCCAACUUACAAAAUUCAGCCGUGCUGCGCAUGCUCGAAGAGGAAGAAUCUAGGCAACGCAAUGGACAAUCCCCAGGGUUCAGAAGCGAUGGUAGUAAGCCUCUGUGUCGCGCAUGGCCGCCGCCGGGAGUAAAUAAUCAACGGCGACGUUUUCAAGACGCCGUCAUAUCAGGUGUUAAGCGUGUCGCCUGGCCACCACCAAAGGAAGGUGAAGACGAAUACUCCGAAGAAGAAGCUGUACAAGCGCAGGGUGGACCGCAAUAUUCCUCUCAAGCGCCUAACAGCAUUUCGCCAAUUAACCACCACAUUGGACAGCGCCCCCUUUCGAGCGGCAGUUCUGCAUCGCCUGGUUGCAGUCCACAGCCGCAGCAAGCGCAGCAACCCGCCUGGGCUCCGCAGCAACAAUUUAACUCGCAGCACAAUCUUCUGCUGCAACAGGUGCCUCAGCAACAACCACAGCCUGCUUAUAGCCCAGUGUCUGCGCCGUUUCAACAGGGCAAUAUCCGCCCACAAUCACCACAACCUUUUAAUCAAUUACAGCAACAACAACAACAGCAACCUUUGUGGGCACCAGUUCAAACUCCACAGUCUGUGACUUCGCCAAAGCCACAGCAACAACAACAACCACCUCAAUAUCAAGCACAACCUACUCAGUAUCAACCUCCAGUGAAACAAUUUGAACCUCCACCGACGACUAUCACUUUACGGCCGGAAGUCCCCAUUAGUCAGGCACCUGCCCCAAUUGUAACCUCACAACCAGCCACGGCGACCUUAAAAGGAGGUAAAAAUCUGCGCGGCGACCUAAAAUGGCCGCCGGAAAACGUGCGCGAUCGCAUGAACGCAGAAAACCAACUGCGCAUGGAGCUCGCGCAGGGUCCAUCCGUCCGGCCACGGAAAGUCGCGAAGGACUACAGCAGUUUCUUCGCACAGCACGCGUUAAACAGCAGCUACCCUGGUUAUAAAAUCCCACCGGGUACGCAAUACUACGAACACCAUCCAGUAAUGUAGUCGCAAAUAUGAUAACCGCCCCCCAAUCACUUACACUUAGCCCCUCCUAAUUUUUGGAUAUACAUAUUUUACUUGAUAUGAUACAGAGUACAUGCAAUUUUUUGUAGGUUGACGACUUUAAGAGAUGCUUGAUAUAUGAAUAUAUUUAUUUUUGUGAUAUCGAUCGAAUGGCCGAUCGAGGUUUUUAAUGUUUAUGAUUAUUGCAAACAUGGACUUGAGAUUGCUUAGCUUUUUACUGGACUAACACUAGAGUGGGCGUGCAAUUGUCGUGAGUUUUUUUCUAUUUACACGUGCAUUGUACGCCCGCUAGCUGAAAAUAGUUGAAUGCAAUAAUUACGCAAUUUUAGUGAUAAUUUUAUGUAAUAUAUAUAUAUACUAUAUUUUAAUGCGAAUGCGAUAAGAAGAAACAAUGAAAUGACGAAACAGAUACCUUUAUCUAAAGCCGCUUUUUCCGAGUAUUUCGACUUGUUUACGAAUAUGUAAAGCUUUGAUGGCUUUUGUGUAUUUUGUGAAUAUUGUAUUUUACAAGAAUGCAACACUUUAUAUUUAUGCCUGUAUCUUGAUUAAUUGCUAAAUAAAGAUGCAGAAAAAUGUU